AGUAGUACAUGACCACUGGCACGAACAUGAACGACAUGGGCCUUCUCCUCGUUCUUGCAGCAAUGCUGCUACCCUACUGCAGUGCCUCCACACCGUAUUACACCUCUCCAUCAGUUGCAUCUCCGGCGCCGGCUCCCUAUGCUGAUGGCAUCUCCCCACCAUACAAAAACUUUCUGCUGGUUGCUGCACAAGUCCAGGCUCCGGCUGCAUACGCCAAGGCAUUAGUGACGGCGCGAAAUGCACCUGAGCAUAGAAAGAACCACCAAAAUGACUUGUUGCCGGCCGCCUCACCGACCUACCAUAAUGCGCCGGGGCACAAGCACCAUGGACACAGCGGCCAUCACCAACAGCAUGAAGCUGCACCAAUUCUGGCCAUAACUCAUCACGUGCCACCAUCUCCGGGUCAGCACACAACACCGCCUCACUCUGGUCAUCACAUGCUACCACCUCCAUCUCAUCACAUACCACCUCCUCACUUGCCAUCCCCUGCUCACCACUCACCGCCACCCCCGGUUAACAGCACACCACCUCCCCAAUUUCCCUCCCCACCACGACCUCCGGCUCAACUCACACCACCGCCUAACUUACCGUCCCCGUCUUCGGCUCAAAAAACACCACCGUCUCACGUACCCUCCCCUGCUCAUCACUCGCCACCACCUCCGUCUCAUCACACACCACCUUCUCGCUUGCCAUCCCCUGCUCACUACUCACCACCACCCCGAGCUUACUACGCACCACCACCUCCUCACUUUCCAUCCCCGCCAGCACCUCCGGCUCACAAACCACCGCCUCACUUACCACCCCCUACUCAUCAUGCGCCACCACCUCCUCACUUGCCAUCCCCUGCUCACCACUCACCGCCGCCCCCGGCUAACAGCGCACCGCCUCCUCAAUUUCCCUCCCCACCACCACCUCCAGCUAAACUCACACCACUGCCUAACUUACCGUCCCCACCUUCAGCUCAAAAUGCACCACCCCCUCACCUACCAUCCCCUGCUCAUCACUCACCACCACCUCCGUCUCAUCACAAACCACCUCCUCACUUACCAUCCCCUCCUCACUACUCACCACCGCCACUCUUUCCAUCGCCACCACCAACUCCAGCUCAACACACACCACCGCCUCACUUUCCAUCCCCGCCACCACCUCCGGCUCAACACAAACCACCGCCUCACUCACCAUACCCUACUCAUCAUGCGCCACCACCCCCUCACUUUCCAUCCCCUUCUCACUACUCACCACCGCCUCCAUCUUACUAUGCACCACCGCCUCAGUUUCCAUUCCCGCCACCACCUCCCACUCAACACACACCACCGCCUUACUUACCACUCCCUGCUCAUCCUGUGCCACCUCCUACAUCUCCAUACACACCACCUCCUCGCUUCCCAUCCCCUGAUCACCGCUCACCACCACCCCCAGCUUACAACACACCACCGCCUCAUUUUCCGUCCCCGCCACCACCUUCGGCACAACGCACACCACCACCUCACUUUCCAUCCCCGGCACCACCUCCGUGUCACCAAGUAGCGCCUCCUCAGUUGCCAUCCCCUGCAAACCACUCGCCACCGCCCACAUCUCACGACGUGACACCACCUCCGGUUCAACGCACACCACCACCUCAUGACUUUCCACCGCCACCUCGAUCCCAUUAUCCACCAUAUAUUCCGACACCUCCAUCACAUAAGUAUCCACCUCCUCGGGUUCACUACAACAAGACACCACCACCACCGCGGGGCCAUAAAAAAUUCCCGCCGUCACCUCAAAUGGGGUAUCCUAUAGUGGUACCAUCCCCAUCUUACUAAGGCGUGGAGGCACCAUCUAAUUAAGCGGGCUCCCAAGCCUUGAUAACAAGGUGAUCCUCAAUGUGCUCCUAAGCCAUGUCCAAACAGGGGAUCGCCACCAUGGUAUCUAUAGUAGCAGAGACGAGAUAAACUAAUAAUAUCCUAAGUAAGAUCAAGUCCGUUUCUGUGCAAGCAAUCAGAAUCCUUCGGAGGGCAUCCUUUCUUUUCCUAAUACUUUGUUAUCGAAGUUCCAAAGAGAAAGUUACUCAAUAAAGCAUUUAUUUCCCUGAA